AAAUAUGUAGGAACUCGAUAGCAUCCGGCCGCCCCACGCAAUCGGUCCUGUAAGUGUAAGUCAUAAGCAUCGGACUGCGGCGCUGCGACCGUCCGAAGAGAGGCUAAUGCGUGGCUGGAGCCGGCAAAGUCAGGCCAUAUGUAGACGUCAUGGGACGAUCAUGCCAUGCAAGGUAUAUGCACAUGUUGUAUACAGCCAAGGAGCGUCGUAGCGGGGACUGCUACUACUUCGUGCAUAGAUUAAGUAGAAGGCGACAGCAACAACUGAAAAUAUAUAAAAAAGAGGACCAUCGUAACGACGCCUUACCAACGAGGUUGCAACCGUUACAAUUACUUCCCUUACUUACAUCGGUACUCUACUUAUACCCGCCAAUUGGAUACUUACCCCAGGGAAAAAAGAGGAGAAAUUAUGACCAAGGUCAUCCUCUCCAUCAACGCGGGGUCGAGCUCCGUCAAGAUCUCCGUGUACACGGCUAAGCACCGCGAGCCCCCGAAGCAGCUUGCCGAAGCCCAGAUUGACGGGUUGACGGCGCCACCAGCGCAGCUCACGUACUCGCGAGGCGAUGUAAAGGUUCUUGACCACAGAGAUGUAAAAGAGAAUGUCGGAAACCAAGAUGACGCUUUCAGAAUCCUGCUGGAUACCUUCACCGGGGACCAGGAACUGCCCGAAUUAUCUGCCAAGGGGGACAUCUCGGUUGCCUGCCACCGGGUAGUCCACGGAGGCGACUACAAAACUUCCAAGGUUAUCACGCAAGAGACUUACCACCACUUAGAGCGGCUAACAGACCUGGCACCGCUUCACAAUGCCAACUCGCUGCGCAUCAUCAAGUCGUGCAUGGACGAACUGCCCAGUGCCCUCAAUGUUGCCUGCUUCGACUCGCAGUUCCACUCGACGCUACCCGCGCACGUCUGCACCUAUCCGAUCGACCAGGAGAUCGCCAAGAACAACCAGCUGCGCAAAUACGGCUUCCACGGCAUCAGCUACUCCUUCAUCACUCACUCCGUCGCCAAGUACCUCGGCAAGGACCCGGCGGACCUCAACAUAAUCGCCCUGCACCUGGGUAGCGGCGCCAGCGCGUGCGCCAUCAAGGGCGGCCGCAGCUGGGACACGAGCAUGGGCUUAACGCCGUUGGCGGGGCUCCCGGGAGCGACGCGCAGCGGCAGCGUGGACCCGAGCCUGGUGUUUCACUACGCAAGCGACGUGGGUAAACUAUCGCCGUCGUCGACCAAAGACCUGCACAUCUCGGUGGCCGAGGAGAUUCUCAACAAACAGAGCGGGUGGAAAGCCCUGACAGGCACCACCAACUUCGGCAAGAUCGCCACCUCGGACCGGCCCGAGUGCCGACUGGCCUUCGACCUGUUCGCGGACCGCGUGAGCGCUUUCGUCGGCUCAUACUACGUGUCCCUAGCCGGCAAAGUGGAUGCUCUGGUCUUCGCGGGCGGUAUCGGCGAGAAGAGCGAUAAGCUGCGCGCGGCCGUCGUAGGGCAGGCCGCGUGCCUUGGUUUCGGGAUCGACCCUGCACUCAACGCGGCUAACAUCUCGAAUAUCGUGCAGGACGUAGGCGCCAAGAACGCUAGGCACCGCACGCUAGUAUGCCGCACAGACGAGCAGUACGAGAUGGCAAGGGAGUGCGCCCACAACGACGAGCUGUGGUGAGACACGUGAUAGCUACCUGCUAUCUAUUUUCAUAUAGAGACAUUACAUGCAUUGCAUAUUAGGGAGCCGUACGGGGAAGGGUUUUGGGAACAAUCUGGGGUAAUGUAAUAUGGGAAAUAUCAUGUCAACUUGGAGGGAAGGGGUAUAUACUAUCCAACUAUAGAAAUGAUCGAUGCAUCUUCCUGCUGUUUUCUUUCACCUUGCCGUUGACCUGCGACGAUCAUAGCACGAAACAACACCCUGUUCUCCAUCCGCCUCGCAAUCCGAGCCCGAGCGCGUUUUAGGGUCCGCCCACGUAGUCAGCAACCGGGACGGGGGUGUGGGGCAAGGGUCAGAACACGAGCGAGUGAGACGAGGCGGGAUGGUGAAGCUAUUCCAGCGAGCGCGACGAAUAAUUUGCUCA